AUGUACUAUCUUAAAAAUUCAGUCAAAGGUGAGGCAGAGCGUUUAAUAAAACAUAUUUCUUCAAGUGAAGCUAAUUACGACCUCGCUUGGAAGACUUUAGAAGAUAGGUAUCAUAACAAGCGUGCUAUAGUAGAUACUAUUCUGCGGAAGCUCUACNCAGUAGAUACUAUUCUGCGGAAGCUCUACGCUAUUCCUAAGUGUACAAAAGCAUCGCCUGCUGCGAUCAGAGGAAUUCUCGGCACAACGAAGGAAUGCAUUGCUUCUUUAAUAAAUUUAGAUGUUCCAACUACUAACUGGGAUCCGUUAAUUAUACAUAUAACGGCAGAAAAAUUAGAUUCCGAAACUAGGAAGGAUUGGGAACAUACACUCAAAGCCACAAGAGAGAUUCCUAAACUAUCCGAACUCUAUAAUUUUCUAGAAACCACUUUCCGGACUUUAGAAACUAUUGGCGACUCCGCCACAGUCAAACCGAAAUCACCAAGCAUUAGUCAACGUUCGAGCGUAAAGGCUUUUAACAUCAACAAAGCCAUUUUAUGCCCUUGUUGCAAAAAAUCCCACCUUCUCUUUAAAUGCUGGGUGUUUCGUGCAUAUUCUAUUAAAGAACGCGAGGAGUUUGUUGAGCGCAAUUCCAUUUGCAUAAAUUGCUUGACCGAAGGUCACAUAUCGAAAAACUGUAACUCGCAGCAUACUUGUCACCUGUGCAAACAAAAACACCAUACUCUGCUUCAUGGUGCAUUAUCUAACCAAAAACCUAACAUCAUACAGCCAACGGAGCAAAACGCCAUUACUAAUCAUCACGUGUCAGCACCCUUGCCACAAACUUAUACAAAUAUUCUUCUCGCCACUGUACUGCUGUACAUUAAUACACCAAAUGGUAAGGUAACAGCGAGAGCAUUACUCGAUCCAGGCUCGCAGGGCUAUUUUAUUACUGAGCGAUUGAUACAGCUUAACGGAAUAAACUGCCGCCCCACACGUCUUCAAAUCCAUGGAGUUAACCCAACACAAAGUAGAUGUGCAAAAAAAUUAACAUAUUUGCAAUUGGAUUCUCGAAGCGAGCCAAACUUUUCUAUCAAUGUAGAAGCUUUCGUAUUGCCAAGUUUAUCAACUUGCUUGCCGCAAUGCAAUAUUACUCCACAGCAAUUACCAUUCAGCACGCCUUUCGAUCUAGCUGAUCCACAAUACUACAAAUCACGACCAAUUGAUUUAAUACUGGGUGCUGAUGUAUAUGGCCUGAUUUUAAAACAGGGUCAAUAUAAAACAAGCUUCGGGUUGCUAUUUCAAGACACGCAUUUCGGCUGGGUACUCUCUGGCCCAACGCCUAGUUCUAAUAAAGUUACAGCAAUUAGCACCAAUUUUUGUCACAUCGACGAUCAACUUAAGCUUUUCUGGGAACAAGAAAAUCCCGAAUUUUGUAAAGAGUACUGCAAAUUCAUGGAUGAAUACCUAGAACUCGGCCAUAUGCGUGAAGUUGGAGAACAUCCAAAUAACAUUGAACACAAUUCGUGUUUUUUGCCACAUCACGGCGUUGAAAAGCUGAGUAGCACAACAACAAAACUACGAAUUGUAUUCGAUGGCUCAUCCAAGUAUCGUAAUCAUCGUUCGCUUAAUGAGGAAUUGGCUGCAGGGCCUGCACUACAAUGCGAUUUAGUACAAAUUAUUUUACGUUGGCGCAAACAUAACAUUGCCCUGUAUUCUGACAUAGAAAAAAUGUUCAGAUGUCGAAAGCUGGAUGCUUUAACACCAGCUCAUUUUUUAAUUGGCGAGCCAACCAUCAAUAUUCCUGACGAAGCGCUGCUUGAAUUCACAACUAGAGGAGUAAGUCGUUGGCGUAUGGUGGAACAACUCAAGCAACACUUUUGGCGACGUUGGUAUGCUGAGUAUCUUAGUAGACUACAGAGCCGUCCCAAGUGGACAACAGUACGCGCUAAUAUUAAAAUAGGCGAUCUUGUACUAUUAUACGAUGAAAAAACUCCGCCUGGCAAGUGGCCUUUGGCACGUAUUGCAGAUGUUCAUCCAGGUCAAGAUGGUUUAGUACGCGUAGUUACUCUUAAAUGCAACGACAAGUACUUCAAACGUCCAAUACGGAAAAUUUGCUAA